GGCGGUUAGCUGGUCUGCGGACGCUGUAUACCCUCUUCCACUUCCGCUGCAGCCAAUAGAGGCCGUUCCUACUAUAGUCAGUCUGUGUGCGCGUUGUUUUUUCCGAGACUGCAGAGUUCGGGGAAGCUGUAUGCUGCCUUUCGCUACGCGGAAUUUGCAGAUUUUCCCCUGGACCUCAGGCCUCUGGCUGGAGUAGGGUGGACGCUUCACAUAAGGUUCUCUGGUCGAACUUCCCCGAACCUCCAGAUGGCCGCGCUGCGUCGAAUGCUCCACUUGCCGAGCCUGAUGAUCGGGACGUGCCGCCCCUUUGCGGGCUCACUGGCUGAUAGCUGCCUGGGGGACCGCUGUCUCUGGGAUCGGCUGCAUGCCCAGCCUCGUUUGGGCACUGUCCCCACCUUCGACUGGUUCUUUGGAUACGAGGAAGUCCAGGGGCUCCUACUGCCGUUGCUGCAGGAGGCACGGGCUGCCAGUCCUCUGCGAGUACUGGAUGUGGGCUGUGGGACCUCCAGCCUAUGUACAGGCCUCUACACCAAAUCUCCACACCCAGUGGAUGUGCUGGGGGUGGACUUUUCUCCUGUGGCUGUGGCCCACAUGAACAGCCUCCUGGAGGGUGGCCCAGGCCAAACACCUCUAUGCCCUGGGCACCCUGCCUCCAGCCUCCACUUCAUGGAUGCCGAUGCCCAGAACCUGGGGGCUGUGGCUUCUUCAGGCUCUUUCCAACUACUGCUGGACAAGGGCACCUGGGAUGCUGUUGCCCGGGGAGGUUUGCCUAGGGCUUACCAGCUGCUAUCAGAAUGCUUGAGGGUUCUAAACCCUCAGGGGACCCUGAUUCAGUUCUCAGAUGAGGACCCUGAUGUGCGACUGCCCUGCCUGGAACAAGGGUCCCGUGGCUGGACUGUGACUGUGCAGGAGCUAGGCCCGUUCAAGGGCAUCACCUACUUUGCUUACUUGAUUCAAGGCUCUCAUUAAAGACAUUUUAGUAGU